CAACUCCGCCCCUUUUUCAUUCGGCAACAUGGCCGCUGCCAGAAAACAUAAACGCGUGGCGGCGUCUCAGCCUGGCUUUCUGUCUCUAAAAUCGCGUCCUGGUAAUGAUGAAAGUGCAAAUCUCGGGCGUCGAAAGCGUGUCAGCAAAAAUAAGAAAAAGAACUGGAAGAAGUAUAGCGAUGUUCAGGAUGUCGAAGAGUUUUUGGAGGAUGUAAGACUCCAGGAAAGAGCUACAGGAGGUCUGAUAGCAGACAAACCAGAUGAAAGUCUCUUCUUCGUGGACACAGGAGAAAAGAAAAGUAUCCCAAAGUCAGAAGCCGUUGAGAAGAAUAAACGCUCCAAGCCACUUUGGAUAGAUCGGAUCCUGCAGCCAGAUUCUCGUGUUUCAGCACCUAAAGAUGUCUUGGCGUAUCAGCGUCCCAAUGCCAAGAAGCUGCGCCGCAUGGCCGAGAAGGCCGAGAAGCUGGCUGCCAUGGGCAUGCUGCCACGUCGAGAGAAGCUCCUGCAACUACGCAAGACCACAAAAACGCACACUAAAGAGAAACCGCUCAACCCCAAGGAUCCAGGGAGAAGCUUCUAUGAUCUGUGGAGUGAAGGCAGUCCUGACUCUGCAGAUCCCUACUACCUCGAGCAGACUAAGAAGAAGCUGGUUAAGAGACCAGAGAAGCUGAAUGAGAAGCCCUCCAUCCUUCCUGCUGUUGAAGUCAUUGGUCCUGGAGGCUCAUACAAUCCUGAUUUCCUCUCUCACCAGGCAUUGCUGCUGGAGGCUCAUGAGAUUCAGGUGAAAAAGGUAAAGGCUGAAGAGAAGCUGAAAAGACAGCUGGCAGUAAAUAGGAUGGACGUCGCCACUGAGGAGAGCGUCUUUAAGGAACAGGUCGAAGGUCUGAUCGAAGAAGAUGAAGGGGAAGAAACGGAACAAACGGCGGAGGAUUCCAAAGACGCAGCCAUCGGGUCGACAGCUCAACCAGAGAAAAAAACCGAGAAACAGAGGAAGAGGGAGAAAGCAGAGAGGAUGAAGGAGCUGCAGAAGAAGGCGGAGAAGAAGUUGCUGAACAGCCGACAGCAGCUUUUCCAGCUGCGUUCCAUCAGUGCAGAUAUGAAGCGGAGGGAACUGAGGACCAAAGUGAGACAGGCGAAGCGUAAAACAAAGCAGGAGACAGAGAAAGCGCUGCCUCGCCGUCUGGGCAAGUUAAAGUUCCAGGCUCCUGAUCUGGAAGUGCAGUUAAGUGAUGAACUCGCAGGCUCUCUCCGCACACUAAAGCCAGAGGGCAGCGUGCUCAAAGAUCGCUUUAAGAGCUUCCAGAAGAGGAACCUGAUCGAACCCAGAGAGAGGGCCAAGUUCAAGAGGAAACACAAGGUGAAAUACGUAGAAAAGAGGGCUUUCAGAGAAAUCCAGUGAUUGUCAACCCGGUUCCAUUCUGUUAUUAGCGCUGUUGGAGUCGUCCAGCACAGUCGUGUCGCUCAGUGCUGUCUGGUUAACUUGUAAUCCAGGUUUUGUCCGAUCACAUAAAUGCCCCCCAGCGUGAUGAGAGAACCUUCCGAAUGAACUCAUCAGUGAGGGGUCUCUUAUUCCUCCUGGGUUCACAGAGUUUAAAAAUAAACCAGGAUAUUUCUGAACUGAAAAGUUGUGAUUAUGUACUUUAAAGGAAAUGUUUAAAAUUUCCAAGUUCUGCUUUUACACAAAUUCAGGUUGUGAAAACCAUCUUUUGUAGCUUUGAACUUUUUUUUUUUCCCCUUUCAUUGAAAGCUGCAGAUCUUCUCCUCCAAACUUCAGAAUCAAAAUGUCGGUCACAUGGUUGAAUAUGGACAAUAAAGUAAUAUUUAAUACUGUACAUCAAA